ACACGUGCUUCAGCUGUUUCUUUUCUACCCACUCUUUGGUUUAGCAGAGAGCUCUGGGAUUUUUGGUUCAGCAUCAAAUCUAAGAUUCCUUUAGAAAAGGUUCAAGGAGGGAAAAUGUGUGAAAGAGAUCUUAGACUGAUAAAAUAGAGAAAGAGAAGUUCCUGUAUAAUUUACAAAAUUAUUUAUUUUAAAAAAUAUGCUAACGUCAGAGCCAGAACUGUGGUAAAAUAUUUGGUUAAAAUGAGACUAAAUAGAUCGUUAUGAAAUCUAAAUACUGAACCUCAAAAAAAUGCAGUAAUGGGAGAAUGAUGUUAGCGUCUACCGAUCCUAGGCCUCUCAAGACCCACAGGACGGGAUCCAUGGGCCAUGCUGUAUAUUGGGGAGUGUGUGGUGAAGGCAAUCUGUCAAAAGGAGAUGCUAUUCUCCUUCUGGAAGGGGUCAAUUGUUCUUGUGAAAGCAACUGAUGAGGCUUCGGUGGGGCUAGGAGCAACCUCCAAAAUAUACAGAAGGCAGCCCUAGGGAGCACUGCAACCCCAACAUGGGGCAAAUAAGGCAUGGGGUGGCAGUUUGCACAGCAGUUUGUGUGGAAGAGCAUGCAGGAAGAGAAUUGUCACACUACCAGUCCAAACAGUUAAUUAAAUCAAUGGUCAGAAUCCUCUCACAAAGAGUUUUAGCAGUGGUAUCCUCCAAGCAGAAAGCUAUGUCCUCUGCAUCCCCUGUGGCCUCUGCACUCACUGGAUCUGGUGCAGCUACCCAGACAGAGCUCCCAAGGAAACACAGCCAUCCAGGUCUCAAGCUCCAGUGUGUGUGCCCAAGUUUUCUGUCAGUGUCUGAGGGCAGCAGGGAGUACAACUGUUGGAGGUGUGGCCAGGCAGAGAAACAGCUCAGCCUAAUGGCAGAGCUCUCUGAGGAGGUGGGCAGGUUGAGGAGCAUCAGGCAGUCUGAGAAGGAAAUUGGUGGAAUUAUACUCCACCAUCCUGGGAUAGAUGCAUCAGCCAGUCAUAACAUAAGAUACAAAGGAUCCACUACCUUCUCGCCACCAGGCAAUGAUGAAGCUGCAGUGAGAUCAAAAGAAACAGCAAGAGCAAUCAAAAGAGACUGCAGGUCCUUGAGGCAGUUGGUUAAAAGUUCAGGAGCACAGGUAGUGUUUUCCUCUAUCCUUCCAGUUGCAGGGAAUGGUAUUGGAAGAAACAGGCCGACGCAGCUUAUCAAUACAUGGCUAUGAGGCUGGUGUCACUGGCAAAAUUCUGAAUUUUUUGACCACAGGAUGAUCUACACAACACCAGACCUGCUGGUGCUUGACAGGAUAAACUUUUCUCUAAGGGGGAAAAGGAUUUUUGCUAAAGAGUUAGCAGGGAUGAUUGGAAGAGCUUAAAACUAGACUUGAAGAGCAUAAGGGAUAAAAUGAGGCUCGCCAGUGAUAAACUAUGGGACAGCACAUCAAAGUUUGAGGGAUGAUGUGCUAGGUGAGCUCUGUCAGUCUCCACAAGAUGCUAGGUACAUUAGAGCACAUUUGAAAUGUUUCUACGCUAAUGCACAUAGCAUAAAGAAUAAGCGAGAGGAGCUAGAAGCUUUGUCUCUGUCCCAGAGCUAUAACAUCAUUAACAUAACCCAGACUUGGUGGAAAGAGUUCUGUGAUUGGUAUGUUACUAUGCACUCUUUAGGCCCUUCAGGAGGAAUGGAGAGUGUCACUGUAUGUAACAGAGGGACUCAAUUAUACGGAUAUUACAGUUGGCAGUGACACAGUUGAGAGCCUCUGGAUAAGGAUUAAGGGAUAAGCAAAUAAAGUGGAUGUCAUUGUGGGAGUCUACUAUAAACCAACCAGCCAGGUUGACAAUACUGUUUAAUUAUUCUAUAAAGAACUAAGAGAGAACUCUAGAUCAGCUACCUUUGUCCUUAUGGGUAACUUCAACUUCCAGACAUUGACUGAGAGUACCACACAACUGAUACGAAUUCCUGUGGCACAUUGAUGAUAACUUCUCAGAACAGGUACCAAAGAGCUGAUGGCCUGUGAACAGAGAGGGGCUUGGAUGAAGUGGUGGUUGGUGGCCAUCUUGGCCACAGUGGCAAUGAAGUAGUUUAGUUUCAAAUCUUUGGUGAUAAAACUUCCAGCAAACUUUGACCCUGGAUAUGGAAAGAGCAGACUUCAGGCUGCUCAAGGAACUUAUUAGUCAGGU